UUACACGCCGCUGAUGGGCCCACAUUACGUUGACAUUGUCUUGCUUGCCAAGAGCAAAACGUUUUGAUCAAUUAGCGUGUUGGCCACAAAUGGCAGUCUCAGACUUUCAGACUACAUAUUGACUUGUGCAAGAUGACCAACAACCAGUGAUACUGAACGCAGCCGGUAAAUAACAAAACACCUAAUAUCUUCUCGAUUACAUCACUGGCACCCUUGUUUCAAGAACGCGGAGCCGUUUUCCAUAUUUACAUAAACGAAUACAGCUGGCAAUUGCUGUGCCUCUCGGAAUCGGAUCAAAUGUGACCUACAUACAAAGGGUCACUGACGUUUUUAAUAGCAUGGCUCAGGUUAAAUCUCAUUCUAACCCAACAUAAUUUGUGUCUGCGCUGAGGACUAUAAUGACUUCACGACGAACCCAUACUGCAGUCCAUGAACAAGCAGAAUCAGUUCGAGCAAGCAGCAUUCAAGUGCCAUCUCGUUCCCGCACAGAAACGUCCGAUGUGCUCCGGCAAAUGGGGUUUCGCGGACGCAUAGAGGAAGACGAACACGAGUUUGAUGUCGUUUUUCCUCCUAGGAAACGCACGCAGAAGGAGCAAGAUAAACAAGACGAAGAGGCUCGUAAGCGGGCAAUGAGAAACCUUGUGAACUCGUGGCAGGAGCGACUGCAGCUCAUCAGUGUCAUUACGACAUUCUUCGCAUCCAUAGAAGCAGGAAUGUUAGUACCAGUGAAUACUGAUCCAAAUGCAGCCGACGCAUUGCCAGGUCUCCUCAAAACUGCGAAUGCAGGAUUUUUGGGUGCAUUGAUCAUGCACGUUUACGCAGCCGUCCUAUCAUUCCUUGCAGCCUUUCUUUUGAUUCGGUAUAAACUGAAAGAAGCCUCAAACGAAGAGUUAUUCGCAGAAGGCAGAGCCAAGGGAUUUCAAAUUACAGCAUCUCCAGUGACUGGUGCAUUCCAGGUCCAAGACAUCGAGAGAGAUGCCCAAAACAAUGACAAUGACGUCGAUAAAUUCGACCCAGAGAACCCGCAGAAAGGCACAUCAGAGAACAACAUGGACACUAAAUAUGCUCCAGCGCUGUCGCGGAUGGGAUCAACACCUGCAGAGCCCCCUAUAUUUGCCAGGGAGCCACAUCUGGAGCAAGUUGGCUUUUGGAGUCCUACGAUUUCAUCGCACCUGCUGAGCCGCGUGCAUACCCUGUGCAUUCUCUUCGCCGCGAUUGGCUUUAUACUUGCAAUCAUGGGUAUCCUGACUUACGCGUGGGCGCUGCAAUCAAAGGAGGUCAGCAUUUUUGUGUCUGUGUGCUUCGGAGCUGCUCUCCUUGCGAUGGGGGUGCUUUUUUUGCCUGAUCCCUAGGAGUCGAGGCUCAUCGCUAUUCGUUUCAUUUCUUGAACUUUGCUUCCCUCAAACUU